ACUUCCCAUUUGGAUUCUGCUAUGGCAGAUGAAUGAUUGAUGGCAUUCAUCAUCAAAGUCGCUACAAGAAUCAGAACAAGAGCACCCCAUUUCCUCUUCCCUCUUAUCCUACACCCACCUCUCCCUCCUUUCCCUACACGCCCAAUCUCCUCCUCUUCCUCAUCGAUUCCAAAAACCCACCUCCAAAAUCACCCUCUUUUCCCUCUUGAAUCCUCCCCAAAUGCUCUUCUCUAUGAAUCCAGCGACUUUGAAUCCGAUGGCACUGAGCCGUUAGACUCAGCGAACCCCGGUCUUGAUGGGUUCCUCCAAAUUCUAUCCCAGACCAAGGAACUAUCAUCAAAUGAAGAUUCCAUUGCCUUUCUUGAAGAGACCGGUGUCCGACCCACAAGCAGUUUGGUCUAUGAGGCUAUGCGGGUGGUGAGGAAUGAUUGGAAAUUGGCAUUUUUGGCUUUCAGUUGGGGUGAGAAAUGUGGUUGUGGCAGUGUUGGAGCUUGGAAUUUGAUGAUUUGGAUUUUGGGUAAGCAGAGGAAGUUCCAUGUUGCGUGGCAGCUGGUGCGCGACAUGCACCGGUCUGCGAUCACGACCCACCGGGCGUUGCUCAUCUUGAUAGAGAGGUACGCAGCUGCCAAUGAUGCAAGCAAAGCUAUUAGAACAUUCGAAGCCAUGGAUAAGUUCAGAAUAAUUGCAGAUUCAACGGCAUUCUAUACCCUUCUUCGCACUUUAUGCAAGCACAAUAAUAUCGAGGAGGCUGAGGAGUUUAUGUUUCUAAAUAAGAAGCUUUUCCCAUUGGAAACAGAAAGUUUCAACAUAAUCCUAAAUGGGUGGUGUAACAUCAUUGUCGAUGAGGUUGAGGCAAAGAGAGUGUGGAGAGAAAUGUCGAAUUGUUGCAUCACUCCGGACGGUACUUCAUAUACCCACAUGAUUUGUUGUUUCUCGAAGGUUGGGAAUCUCUUUGAAUCAUUGAGACUCUAUGACGAAAUGAAGAAGAGGGGUUGGGUUCCGGGCCUUGUGGUUUACAACUCGCUUAUAUACGUGCUAACGAAAGAAAAUUGCAUGAAGGAAGCACGCAAUCUCCUUCAUAAAAUUAUAGAAGUGGGUCUCAAGCCAGAUGCGGACACUUUCAAUUCUAUCAUUUAUCCUCUAUGUGAAGCACAAAAGCUGGAGGAAGCACGGAUUGUAUUGGAUGAAAUGGUGAAGAAGGGGCUUGAUCCAACUGUCGGGACCUACCAUGCGUUAGCCAAUGUGGAAGAUAUGGAUGGGACAUUGAAUCUUAUUAACAGGAUGAGGGAAGUUGGGUGUGGCCCAGAUAGCUCCACUUAUCUCAUUGUUCUUAAUAAGUUCUUCAGGUGGGGCCUACCAGAAAACAUGUUAAUAAUUUGGACUGAAAUGAGGAAGCAUGAUGUAGUCCCUGACUCCGAACAUUACAUUGUGCUGGUACAAGGACUGGCAACAUGUGGAUGGCUUUAUAAAGCUAGGGAAUUUUAUGAUGAAAUGAAAUCUAGGGGAUUUCGUGAUGAUCCUAAGAUCGAGAAGCUUUUGAAGGAGUUGGAAGCAAGAGAAAAAAAUUGUAGAGAGGGGAAGGAGAUAAACGAUGAAGGAGACAUCCAUGCAGCACGUAGAAGAGGAAAGACGUUGGGGAUGAAAGCAUGGAAACCUAUCAGGAAAGUAGAAAACAUAGCAAAGCAUUUGAAACAGUGAAGGAGAGGGUUGAAACAGAUGGCUGCAUUUGGAUGCUUGAUUUGAAUUGGACUGCGAUAAGUCUAUUCAACGAAGUGGAAAUGACUCACAUGGGGCCAGCGGCACUCCAUUUGUAAUGGAGGACUAACACACCCAAUUAGCAAUUCAAGUUGUUUUUGGUCUAACUUGAAACACUUGAGUUGGUCAUGAUGCCACGGUAGUGGCUUUAAAUAAGCCUGUCUCGUGUGAUUGUGUUAAUCAGUUGAUCUGAUUAGAAGGGUUUCGCACAUACGCAUUGUCAGCUUUCUCUGAUGCAGAUGAAUUGACUAGCCAAUCAGCUUCUAUGGACAUCCUCAUUUCAGCCUACUUAAUCGUAAUUUGCCAUGAAGCUCAUGUCAUUUGGUUUGCAAGCCAAUCAGAGAGACGAUAUCUUGAAAUGUCUUUGUAUUCACCCAGGUAAAAUCCUGGCCCUUCAUAUUUGAAUUACUCUUGUAUAUGGUUACAGUUCCCACAAUUGAUUCAUUUAAAGCAAUAGCAUUCUCUAAUGAGCCAUAUGAAUGUUGUGGCCAUAGGAUUUUUUUUUUUUUCCAUUUGGUGUUUUAUGCAUAUCUUAUAUAUUCUCUAAUGGGUCCAUAUGAAUAAUGUGAUGCUUAGAGAGAGGGGUUUCUGCUCGGCUGUUAAAUCUUUAGUAGUGCUUUUGUCUUCUUCUUCU